UCAACAAAACAGGAAGAACGGCCAGCUCUUUUUUGAGCGUCUCUGGCCGCCACUCAAGUGAUUGUUGUGGUUUAGACACUAAGCUGCAUUCGGAGACCAGGGUUUGCGUCCCCUCUCAGUCAUGGAAACCCACUGGGUGCCUUGGAGCAAGUCACACUCUCUCAGCUUUAGCAAGGCAAAGGGAAAAAACCCUCUAAACGAGGGGCGGGCCAGGCAGGAAUGGAGCAGGGCAGGGCCUGGGUCAUCCUCAAGUGUUUCUCACAGCAUAAGGACGACGCUGCUUGCAAUAUAGGAUAGCUGCAGCCAUAAUCUUCUAUGUAUGUGCGGAGAUGGAAAGAAGCAGUCACACCAAUACAAGAGAUUGGGUUGACAAAAAGUUGGGACGUAUGGGGCUGCCACUAGCACAGUGGGUUAAACUGCCAACUGCUGAAGAUCUUGCCGACCGGAAGGUUGGCAGUUCAAGCCCGGGUUGGGGUGAGCUCCCAUCCUCAGCCCUAACUUCUGCUUACCUAGCAGUUCGAAAACAGCAAUGUGAGUAGAUAAAUAAGUACCACAUUGGCAGGGAGGUAAAAAGGCACCCUUGAAGACAUGCCGGAAAUUCAAUCAGAAAGGCGUCCAUGGAUGACAGGCUCGUCGGCGUGGAAAAAUGGAACAACAGCACCUCCUAAUGGCUGAGUCGAGCACAGCUUUCAGAUGCCAGAGAUGAAAAAAGGGGGAAGCCUUGUCUCUGUUUAUGUACUGCCAGUCUUUGUUGUCAAUUGUAUAACAGCAUUGAAUGUUUGCCAUAUAUGUACCCUAUAAUCAGUUUUGAGUCCCCUCGGAGAGUGGAAUAUAAAUAAAGUAUAUUAUUAUUAGAAUUGUAGAGUUGGAAGAGACCUCACGGGCCAUCCAGUACAACCCCCUGCAAGAAGCAGGAAAAUCUCAUUCAAAGCACCCCCGACAGAUGGCAUCUGUUUAAAAGCCUCCAAAGAAUGGCACAAUUAAAUGCUUAAACAAAAUCAAUCAAUAGUACAUAAAAUCAGUUAAAAAACAAUUAAAUACAAUAUAAAAUUACAGUAUAUAAAUUUUAAAUAUAUAUAUGCUCAGAUCUGUUCAUCCGAAAACCUCGUGGCUUCAUUUUGUUAGUUUCAGCCCAUCUGUCAAGAUCGUUUUGGAUUCUGCUCCUGUCUUCUGGAGUGUUAGCUAUCCCUCCCAGUUUGGUGUCGUCUGCAAACUUGAUGAUCGUGCCUUCUAACCCUUCGUCUAAGUCGUUAAUAAAGAUGUUGAACAGAACCGGGCCCAGGACGGAGCCCUGCGGCACUCCACUCAUGACUUCUUUCCACGAUGUAGAAGAUGCAUUGAAUCUUGCCUGGUAUCGAUGUGAGGCUAACCGGACGUAAUUGUUUGGGUCUUCCUUUUUUCCCUUCUUGAAGAUAGGGACCGCAUUCGCCCUCCUCCAAUCUGUUGGGACUUCUCCCAUUAUUAUUAUUAUUAUUAUUAUUAUUAUUAUUAUUAUUAUUAUUAUUACAGUAGAGUCUCACUUAUCCAAGCCUCGCUUAUCCAAGUUUCUGGAUUAUCCAAGCCAUUUUUGUAGUCAAUGUUUUCAAUAUAUCAUGAUAUUUUGGUGCUAAAUUCGUAAAUACAGUAAUUACAACAUAAGAUUACUGCGUAUUGAACUGCUUUUUCUGUCUAAAUUGUUGUAUAAUAUGAUGUUUUGGUGCUUAAUUUGUAAAAUCAUAACCUAUUUUGAUGUGUAAUAGGCUUUUCCUUAAUCCCUCCGUAUUAUCCAAGUUAUUUGCUUAUCCAAUCUUCUGCUGGCCCAUUUAGCUUGGAUAAGUGAAACCCUACUGUAUUAAGUUGAGAAACUGAUCUUGUUAAUCCAGGAGAAAUCCCUGACCAACAUUAGGAAAGACUGGAACUUGUUUAUCAUUUUUUCUGCAGCAAAGAUGAGGACAAACUUCCAACUGUUGGGUUUAUGAAUAAGAGAAAUAUUAUUAAAUGUAGUGUUAUCUACAAAUAAAGAGCAAACUUCAACAGGCAAUGGGUGUGAGGUUCAGAGACUGGUCCUUGUAGUGGGGUGUCUAAUGUGUUUAUUAGUGUAGCAAUGUUUUGUGUUAGGGCAGUGGUUCCCACCCCUUGAGCCUCCAGGUGUUUUGGAUUUUAACUUGCAGAAAUCCCAGCCAGCUUACCAGCUGUUUAGAACUGUGGGAGCUGAAGUCCAAAACACUUAGAUAUAGUUGUGUUUGAUGUGGUAGUUUUAGUUUUAUAUAUUACUACGUUGGGAACCCAGCCAUGCCCGGGUUAUUAGAAGGCAUUGUUUCUUUUGGAAUGUUAGGUAAUAUCACUUACGUUUGGUCCAGAUCUGUUGCUGGCUAGGUUCAGUGCUGUUUAGAUAAGGGUUAACGACAACUACAGCCAGGGAGGAAGGGAAAAAUGGGCAGCUAAUGACAAAAAGGAGUUUUUGAAGGAGUUUGGAUUUCCAGAAACGGGACUGAGUGUAUUGCCAUUUCAUUAAGUGAUAUACAAGAAUUUUAGCCCAAACCCUAACCAAACUCUAACUCUAACCACUCUAACCCUAUCCACCCUAACCCAAAACCUAAUCCUAACCCCCCUAAUCCUAACCCUAACCAUCCUAACCACUAUAACCCCCUACCCCUAACCAACCUAACUCAUACACAAACCCUAAUUAUCCUAACCCUAGCCCUGACACCAAACCCUAACCGUAACCCGAAACCUAAUGCUAAGAAUAACCCUGAUCCUAACCAAAACCAUAACCCAAAACCUAACCCUAACACUAACUCUAACCACCCAAUCCCUAAACCUACCACUAACACUAACCAUGCUAACCCAAACCCUAACCUUAACCCUCACAACCGUACCCAUAACCCUAACCAUCCUAACCCUAACAACCCUAAACCAAGCCUGAACCCAAACCAAGCACUAGAGAGACUAGAGGAGUGUAAAAUUUUAGGUUUAUGGUUUUCAAUUAAACCUUUUGGAUGGGAAAAGAAUUGGCAUCUUUGGCUAAAAAAGAUCAAAGAAUAUUUUGAUAAAUGGAAACCAUGGCGACUAAAUAUUUACCAAAAGGCUAUGUAUGUGAAGACUUAUAUCAUGCCCCUGGCCUUAAAUUUGGCCCCGGUCUAACCCCUCCCCCCCCAGAAAGUCUUAAAGGAAGCGGAAAAAAUGUUUUUCCGUUUUGUGUGGGGAACAGCCAAUUUCCCUCUAGCUAGGGUGGUGACCUAUAGGAAGACGACCCAAGGAGGCCUCAAUUUACCAGCUUUGCGGCUGAAGUUUUUGGCUAAUUACCUUAGCCAGAAUUUUGGAAAAUUUGGCCAGGGGAUUCACCAACAGGAUGGCUUGGAGGGGUGGCUUGCCCUUAUCGCAAAGCGUUGGGUCAAUGAGAGUUGGGCAGAGAAGGGGGGGGGGGGAGGAAUCGAUGCCUUUUCGGGUGACAUGAAGCACGCUGGGCCUGAUUUCCUGAUAGAGGUCUAUGGGCAGAUCCAGCAAAAUAAAGUACUGGCAGAGUGGUUCCAGGCUGAGAGAGGGGUUAUUAAGAACCUGAAGCAGUUUGUUUACUGGGUGAUGGUGGGCAUGGUUUUCUUUCAGCCACAGAUGGGAAAAAAUGCCCGAAAGGAACAUUUGUCCAGUUAUUUAAAAGAAACAUCAGAAAAAAUAGAAUAUUUCAUGGACCGGAGGAUUCCUUUUGGUCUGUGGUACAUUCAAUGGAGGUUUUACCAUCAAAUACACUAUUUGAAGGGCAACCAACCGUGGCUGAAGGAAGAACAAGUUUGUCCCAGACUUCUGUGCCAGAAACAUGCCUGUGUUACUGGAAGUAAGCCUAGGGAGACCACUGAGCAUUUCAUCAGGGAUUGCCCUUCAGCCAAAGAGACCUGGCAAAAGGUGGCCGUCGCCUUUGACUGGCUGGACUUAGCGCUUCAGCCUUGGGAGGUGGUGGCCUCUGGACUGGAGCCGGAGGCCGGGAUCUGGGGACCACGUCAAUACCAGGGCAGGAAGAGGAAGAGGGGACAGCAGGGGGACACCCGGGAGGCCUUUUGGGAUGUUCCUUGGUCAACGACAAGGUUGAUCAAUUUGUAUGUUCUCCUGGCCCUGGUUUUCCAGAGAAGCAGAGAAAUAACAACUCAAAAGCCAGCAAAUGUUACCUCUAGUGUGAAUUGGGUAGCAGAGAAAAUAGGAGCCCUGAGUAAAACGGAACGAGGCAGGAUGCCUUCUAGCCGAUGGAAGAAGUUCUGGCCCUGGCUGACAGAGAUCACGCCUGGGAUAACCUAAAGUGUUUGCAGUUAGAAUAUAUAGAUAGCCAUAAUAAAUACAAACAUAGUUUGAUAUAUAAUAACUGAGUUGUAUGUGAAUUUGUAAUUGUAUUUGUAAUCGAAACCAAAGAAUAAAAUGUAAAGAAAGACUGUAAAGGAAAAAUUUAAUUGUUGCAAGCAUUGUAAAAUUUAGCUUUUCUUGUUUGAUUGUUCUUGAUUGUACUUGUUAGCAAAUGUGUUUGUAGUACGUAUUUAUUAUAAUAAAAAUUACUUAUACUAAAAAAAAUUACUUAUACCUAAUCCUAACCCUAGCCCUUACCCUAACCUUACGCCUAACCCUAACAACCAUAACCCAAACCCUAACCACCCUUGCCCUGACCCUCAACGUAACCCUAAACCUAACCUUAACCCUAAAAAAACCUAACCCAAAUCCUAACCGUAACUACUGUAACCCUAACCCUACCCCAAGAGGUCAUAAGUUUGAAGCUAGCCCCUGUCGGAGUGAGCACCCAACCAUUAAAAAAUAGCCCUGCUCAUUGUUGACCUAAGCAACCUGAAAUAUAGUUGCAUCUAUCAAGUAUUGAAUUUAGGUACUGCUUAUGCAGGGAGGCUAAGUUAACUAAUUUACGACACCAUAUAAAUUGUUCAGCAGCGUUUGGAAUGAGGAAGUAUCCAUCAAGGACUCGGUGUCACAGUGGAUGAUGAAGCGGCUGCUUCCCCUGUGGCCGGAAUUGAGUCAGUAAGCUGGAAGCUGGAGAAUGUUAAAUUGCCUCUGUGUCUCUGUCUCUAUGUUCAUAUGGCAUUGAAUGUUUGCCAUGUAUGUGUACACUGUGAUCUGCCCUGAGUCCCCUUCAGGAUGAGAAGGGCAGAAUAUAAAUACUGUAAAUAAAAUUAAUAAAUACCCCUACCCCUAAACAUAAUCAUAACCCUAACUGCAACACUGCAUAAUACCACCUCACCUGUCCAGUAGAAAACUAUAACCUUUACUGGGAAUUUUGUUGCUGCAUCAGGAAUUUUGUGGGUUCAGUGCUUUCCCACUUACAAGGCAGCCCCAAGCCAUGGAUGAUGAAUCUGUCCCAUUUCCUCUUACAGCAUGAACACAAUGUGUGCAUUUUUCAUUUAUUCUGCAUCUGACUGCAGGAGCAGAAUAGAACAUGGGCAUUUCAAUAAGUCCUGUUUCUAUGUGGGACUGUUCCGCCUUUCUGAGUUGGUGGGGGUGGUUCUGCUGAAUAUUACUGUAGUUGACCCUCUUCUGUAAACUUCACUGUGUCCCUUCCGACAUGCCAACUUUAAAACUCUGUUUUAGAGACACCCCAACACUUUUUAAUGCUUAACCCCCAACAUUCAACAUGUUCCCCAUUCAUUUGAAUCCUUAUUAUUCAUAGCCUCCUGGGUGGUCAAAAUGUGGCCCUCCAAUUGAUAGACUAAAUUGCUUGAACUGGCAGACCUAAUGGGGAAGAGUGCAAAUUGCAGUCCAAGAAUAUCUGAAAGGUCACAUUUUGCAUGGCCCUACAUCAAAGCCUCUGGAGCAGGCAUAUGUAUUUAUUUCUAGUGGGGAUUAAUAAUAUAGGUAUAAUAUAGGUGGUGUUUUAGGAUCAACAUCAGUGUUACUAUGUGCCUUAUAGUCUAUUCUGACUUCAGGAGAACCUAUCACAAGCUUUUCUUGUAAAGAUUUAUUGAGAAAUGACCAUUCAAUGUGUUUCCAUGCCUAGAUGGGGAUUUGAAUCCUGUUUUCUUGGAUUGCUAGUCUGACAUUACACUGGGGCUUUGUUUGGAUUAAAAUCCAUAGUAGAUACACUGUCCCAUCAACCUGAACGCCAUGGCUUUCUGCUGAUGGAAAGUAAAAUACAGUGGACUCUUGGUAUCUGCAGAGCCUUAGUGCCAGGAUCUCCUGUGAAUACCAAAAUCCGUUGAUUCACACAUCCAAUUUUAUGCAAUGGUAUCGUAAAAUGGUGUCCAUUGUACAAAAUGACAAAAUCGAGGCUUGAGUCUAGAUUUUUAUAAAAUAUUUUCAAGCCAUAGAUGGUUGACGGAAGCCCAACUGUAAUUGCAAGUAAGCUAGGUUGGUUCAAGUGUGGAGCAGUGGUUUAAGUGUAAAGAUUGCGACUCCAGGAGAUCAUGGUUUGAAUCCCCACUUGGGCAUGAAAACCUAGUGGUUGACCUUGAAUACAUCACACACACUCCAACUCAAAGGAAGGCAAAAGUAAACCCUCUCCAAACAAAUAUUGCCCAGAAAGCUCUAUGAUACAGUUCUUUUAGGGCCACAAUAAAAAAUAAAAUUGAAUGCACACAGCAACUAUAAGAAGUUAGUUUGAUAUUAGGUAUUCUAUAAGCACACAAUGCAGCUUUGAAAACAUGAUAAAAGUUCAGAAGAUAAGGAAAAGAACAUGGCAAAAUUGUUUUGGUGUCACAUGAGAGAUGAUCUGUAAAGAUGUUCUAAACAUUUUAAACUUUCAAAACAAUUCAUAGCAAUUUGUGUUCUGUGAUGAUGCAUUACUUAUCCACUACACUUGGAUAAAUCGUCACUAAUAGAUUGUGAAACAAAACUAAAAGCUCUUCCAAAACUCACCUCUUUGUACAUUGCAUAGAAAUAACACUGUUGUUGCGUUC